UCUCGGUAAAUAUGUGGUCUAGAUCUCUAGGUUAAGCGCAGCUAACUCCUUGAAAAGUUAAUAGAUUUCUAAAUUCUAGAUCUAGAUCUUCUAUAUUAAAAACUUAACAAUAACCUGUAUUCAUAAAUCUAAAUCUAGGCCUAAUGAAUAGAUCUAGACUAAUAAUAUUUUUGGUAAUCUAUCGUUUUACUGAUUAGUUUCUUAAUCAACUUGUUUGCAAACUGCUGGAUGUGUGUUUGGGCUGGGGUGAUAGGAUUAGAUAAUACGCUGUUGAUCAGAUUAUACAAAUAAUAAUGAGCUCCUGGUUAAAAGACUUAUUUAAACCAUGGGAUGGGAAAUUAGACCCGAAAGUUGCAGAGUUUUUUAAAGAAUUUCCACAACCAUACAGAGACAAAGUAAUUGAGAGAUAUAGCAAACGUGAAGGUCUUCAUCACUUUGAUUUUUUUAGGGAUAUGGAUAUGGAUAAUGAGAUGAGAUGUGCAAAGAAUGGAGUUUUUCUGGAAGAUCAACGUCGGUUAAAGGAAGAGCAAGAGGAAAGCUCAAGGCAAGCAUUGGAAAAAGAAAAAGAAAGAAGGCGACAAGAGCAGCUUCAGAGAGAAGUACCAGAAUGGGAGAAGAAUUUAUCACAAUAUAUACCACUGAAGCCUGAAGAUACAAUGACAAUGAAAUUGAAAGAUAGUUGUCUCCUUUCAUUGAUUGGCAUCUUUGCUUUAUGGUCAGUUACAGAUCAUAUAAGAUCGCGACCAAAAUGGAAAAUGUAUGUCAGAAUCACAUCUUGUAUUGGUUGCUUUUUCUUUGCAGAAGCAGUUGCAGUAUCUAGAUUGUUUUAUUGGGGAAGUUUUCGUGAACCUGUAGAUGGGAGUUAUCGGUUUUCUGCAAUAACAAAAAGAGAAUUUGAAGAACAGGUUCAGCAUAUUGAGGACUUUCUGGCUAAUCUUACUACAAAUAAGCCCAAAUGAUGAGCUGUUAAUUUGUGAAUUUCAUUUUUUUUGUAAUGUGAUAAUAAAGUUUCUAAUAGAAUU